AUGGCACUCAUCAAGUUUCGCGGCAAACCACUUAGUGGUUAUAACAUUCUCAUCAUCGCCUUUGCAACCUUUGGGAGUAUCACCUACGGAUACUGUUCCGCCAUCAUAGGAUCAACCCUCGGCCAACCAUCCUUCCUCCAUUACUUCGGUCUCGAUACAGCCAGUAACGCAGCUGCGCUCAUUGGCGCAAUCAAUGGACUCUUCCAAGGCGGUGGCCUCAUCGGCACAUUGACCUUUGGGGCCGUCGCUGACAAGUUCGGUCGAUGCAAGGCUAUGUUCUUGGCAAGCGUACUCGCUAUUAUUGGCGGCGGUCUUCAGGCUGGUUCUGUCCGCUUGGCAAUGUAUCUCGUCGCGAGGUUUAUUACAGGCCUGGCUAUCGGCGGACUCGUCAUGCUUGUGCCUCUUUGGCAGAGUGAAGUUGCGCCUCCUCAUGCCCGUGGCCUCCUCGUUGGUCUUCACGGUGUUUCGAUCUUGGUGGGAUACUCAUCGUCCGCUUGGGUCGGAUUCGGCUUCUUCUUCGUCAAUGCGGACGGGGCUCAGUGGCGUCCCCCUCUGGCCAUACAGUGCUUGCCUCCGCUCAUUCUGGCAUGCGGUGUUUACUUCAUUCCGGAGUCUCCACGAUGGCUUAUCGACAACGAUCAGCACGAAAGAGCUGAGGCUGUUUUGCAGCGCAUCUACGCAGACUCAAGCGAUCCCGACAACCAUGCAGCCAAGGCCGAGUUCGCCCAGAUCCGCGCUCAGGUAGAACUUGAGCGUCAUUUGCCAUCGUCUUGGGCUUCCCUCUUCACUGUCCCUCAUUACCGGAAACGUGCCUUGAUUGGGUUCACGACUCUUCUGGCUGGCCAACUUACAGGAACCACUGUCAUCAACAACUAUGGACCUUCGCUAUACGCAGCUCUCGGACAUGGCGCUUCUGCUAGUCUCGCGCUCUCGGCUGGAUGGCUCACCGAAGGACUUGUCUGCAAUGCCAUCAAUGCCGUUCUCCUUGACUACGUCGGACGAAAGUGGCUGAUGGUGACCGGUCUUAUUGGUUGUGCUAUUUCCCUUCUUGGUGUAAGUAUCAUGGUCGCUCUCUACGGAGGCACGACAAAUAAGGGCGGCAAUUCGGCUGGUGUCUUCUUCUUGUAUCUACACCUCACCUUCUAUGCCACCUGUAUGGAUGCCUCGACUUAUGUGUAUGGCUCUGAGAUCUGGCCUACUCAUCUUCGAGGGAAAGGAUUUGCGAUAUCCUGUGCCGGUCUCUUCGUUGGCUCUCUUACUCUUCUCGAGGCUGCACCAACUGCAUUUCAGACAAUUGGCUGGAGGUUUUAUCUGAUCAUGAUGGCUUUCACGAUUAUUUGUGCCAUCAUCUUCGCCCUCUUCUUCCCUGAGACUAAGGGCAUGACUCUAGAGGAGAUUUCAGCUCUCUUUGAUGAUGAGGUUGCUAUCGAGGCAUCGAGUGAUACCAAGACCUUGUCUAUUGCCAGCGAGAAGGAAAAGGUAAAGGCUUAG